UUACUCUCUUAUAGUUUUAUUUUUGUUUCCCGUCAUUUCGAACAGCCUACGCCCUCUGGGUUAGCUUUCAAUUUUGCAGUUUCAAGGUAAAAAGGGAAAGUCAUGGAGAAAACUGUGAUUCUUAGAUCACUAUUGCGUUCUGUUCGCGCCAGAUCUUAUGGCAUCGCCGGAGUCACUCACCGGAAUUUACUCCAAAGUAAUCAUCAGGUUGCACGAAGCGUCUUCUAUCUCUCGUCCCAUCGUUCUUCUUUCUCAGAUUCUCCACAGAGAGUUUCUUACGAUUGUAGCUAUCCAUCUGGUGUAGGGCACGCUAGAUAUUUUAGUGCUGAUGUAGUUAGUAUGCCCGCAAUUCAAGAUCCCAAGCUUAAUAUCGUUUUCAAGGAUUUGAUGGCUGCAAGUUGGGAUAAGCUUCCUGAGCCGGUUAUCUAUGAAGCAAAGACCGCAUUAUCUGGAAGCACUGAUGAUAAAGCUGGAAAAGAAAUUGUGGAAAAUGUUUUCCGAGCAGCUGUAGCCGCUGAGGAGUUUGGGGAUAUACUUAUCAACUUGAAAAUGGAAAUUGAUGAUAGCAUUGGUCUUAGUGGCGAGAAUGUGAAGCCUUUGUCCGAUGAGCUUAAGAAGGCAUUACAUACAGUUCAUGAUCGCUAUAUAGCCUACUUGGAUUCAUUUGGUCCUGAGGAAAACUAUCUGCGGAAGAAAGUGGAAACAGAGUUAGGAACAAAGAUGAUAUACUUGAAAAUGAGAUGCAGUGGCCUUGGAUCUGAGUGGGGAAAGGUUUCUGUGCUGGGAACCUCUGGUCUAUCGGGGUCAUAUGUUGAGCAAAGAGCAUAAAUUUGGCACCUUUGAAUGUUUGGCCGUAACUGCAAGCUUCCUUUAGUUUGGUUGUAUGUUCUUCAAUGUUUUAUUGUCUACUCUCAGAACCAAUUAACGUGGAGUUCAAUUGCAAUUGAAUAAGAUCUUACAUCGACAAAUGAGUUUUCAGAAUUUAA